UGGGCCGCACAGUGAGCCUCUGCAGGCCGCAUGUUGUGCAGGCCUGCCCUAGGCAGUGCAUGCCCCGGUUUCCUGAGUUUAAGCCCUGCGUGGUCUGCAACAGGCCUAUGCCUGUAAGUGACCCUCAUAGCAGCUGCCUCAAGUGCUAUGGGGAGUGACACAUUAGAGACAAGUGCCAAAUUUGUAAGAACGUCCGUCCCAGCACACAAAAGGAGCGGGAUAUUUGGCUAUGGACUCUCCUCAUGGAGUCCGCCUUUUCUCCGGCCUCCGUGCAGCCCCACCAGGACUCGCUGAGUACCUCUGCUUCGGUGCGCAUUGCACCCCCAGUACUGUUCCCUGUCGCUGGUGCCCAAAUGAAGACUAAAGAACGUAGCUCCCUGGCACCAAGCUAAAAGGGCCAUGAGCCGUCCGGCAGAGGACCUGCUUCAUGCUUCCUGGCCACUCCAGAUCUGUGCACUCGCACCGUCCCCCUAGCCGGGGCUCUUCGUCCCAUGAAAGGUCCCACCACCGACUCCCAGGAGCAGCAUGGGACCAAAAACCCUGGCGGCACCGCCGCCUUCACAGGCUUCUCUGGCACAGGCCUCAGCCCAUGCUGCCGACGCAGCAUGUGCCCCCGGAACUGGCAAAGGCUUCCCACAACGGGAAGCCAACCACUAAGACCCCUUGGGGCAGUGGAGAGCCGAUGAUCUCUUGAGACAAAGCAGUGCUCUCCACCUCUGCACCGCAGUUUGCCAGAGUCGCAGCCCGGAUGCUCUGGGGCUCAUCCUUGGUCACCAGCACCAUGUUCACGGUCGCCGCUGUCUCAACGCAGAUGGCCUAGAGCAAGAUGCCGGUCUCCGUACUACCGACGCUGCUUCCCCUCCCACAGAUCAUCCUCUCGGCACAGGUUCUGGUCGUCUGCAUCGUGGGAGAGCUCCCUAUCGCCUCUCCAGUCCCCCCGGCAUUGAUCACCUUGCUCCGGGCACCGGUCCCCGAAGGCAGUGGUCGGCAAGCAGACCCAGGUGUCAACAGCCCCACCGUGGUCAAUGGAAGGGGAUUCUCUUGCACGGAAGCCCAGUUCAGCCCCUCACUUAGUCUGCACCCACGCAAAUGGGUACCUGAGUGUACGUUGACAUUUCCAACUCAGCAGCACAGCCAGUGGAUGGUGCAGUGGCAUUAUUGGGGCACAUGGGGAAUGCCAGUUGUGGCGAUGCCCCCUUCUCACCACUCAUCGGCUGUUGCCUCGGAGCAGCAGCUGGCGGCACUGGGCUUGGUGCAGAGGGCACGCCUGGUGGUUGAAGCAGAAGGAACAGCACUCACCCCUAAGCCUUCCUCCCCCGUGGGGGAAGAUGCCCCGGAACCUCCCCUGGUGGUGAAGUCAUCGUCCUUGUCCCCAGAGGAGGCAGUUGCAGGUCCCUCGAGGGCAAGCCCGCUGGACAAUUUCAAGGAACAUCAGGCUCUGCUGAGUCAGGUGGUUGAGAACUUGGCCCUGGAGGUGGAGGAAAUGGCUGAGCAGAUGGACAUCUUGUUUAACAUUCUGUCAGCUCCACUCCAACCCAUGUUGCAAAAAUGGUGCACGAUGGUGUCCUUAAGAUUACCAGUACUCUCUGGCAAAUUCAUUCCUCCAACUUCAAAGAGGACCGAAAAGAAGUUCUUUAUCCCGGCCAAGGGGUUUGAGUACUUGUAUACCCACCCUCUCCCAGGCUCGCUUGUGGUCUCUGCGGCAAUGAAAGAGACAAGGAGAGACAUACCAGUUUGACUCUCAAGAAUAAAGAGGUUAAACGGUUGAAUCUGUGAGAAAAUUUAUUUGACGGAUAGUUUGCAGUUCUGGGUGGCAAACCAUCAGGUCCCCUUGGCCUGUUACAACUUCAAGUUAUGGGACUCCCUCCAUAAGUUCAAGCAGUCCCUUCCACAGGGUUUGACCCAAGAAUUUGGCACUUUGGUGAGGAGGAGGGCACUGUGGUCACCAGGUGCUCCCUUCAGGUGGCAUGCGAUGUGGCAGACUCGGCAGCCAGGGUGUCUCUGGUGUG